GGGAGAGAGAAGCCCCAAUAAUGAAGGAACACGGCAACAAACAACUUCCGGCGGAGCCGGCGGCGAAGACGCUCAAGUCGCUGCUGAAGAAGCCGGGCCAGACCAAGGCGAAGUCGCAGAAGCAUCGCGUGGUCAUCAACGAGAAGCUGAACGAGUUCUUCGCGGCGGACUACAUUAUACUGAUCAAGGAGGAGUGCUGCGCCGAUUACGAGGAGGACUGCGACUGCUGCUACCAGGAGCACGAGUUUAUGCGACUGGGCAACUGCAAGGAGUGCCGGGCGGAGUUGAACUUGCACUUCGGCAUCGGCACCGGCGGCACCGGCACCGGCACCGGCACCGGCACCGGCACCGGCACCGGCACUGGCAACGCCAACGCCAACGGCAGAUACGGCGAGAUGGCGAGGGGUUUGGAGAAGGUGGUGUCGGCGACCGCGGCGACGACUACGACGGCGGUCACGUCGGCGGAAGCAAAGGAGGAGCGAGGAAGCGUGGCCGCGGAGGACGCGGCGAAGGGACGCCGAGACUCCCAGGAGGAGAGCGGGGCCGCGGCACCGUCGCCGCCGCCGCCGCCACCGCCGCGGCACGACCAGCAGGAGACGCUCAGCCCGCCGGAGGGCUACAAGGACGUGUGCUCCGACAGCGAGGUCGCCCCCAACGAGACGGCGGAGCAGCGUGGCCGCGUAGUCGCGUCGCCCGCGACAUGCGCCGAGUGCAAUUACUACCAGCAACAGGCAGCGGAAUGCGAGUCGAAGGAUCGUGGGAAUGAGCAGGAUACGCAGGCCGGCAAGGACACGGUGCACGACGGCCCGAGGAGUUUGCAGGAGAAACAGCACCGGCCGCCGCCUCACCCCGUGUUCGUAGAUCUGCACCAUCGUUAUCUCGUGGAAACAAUAACGAUGACGACUGUUACGGAGCGGCGCAUCGUGCGGGAGAUUAGCGAGGAGGAGCGGAAGGACUGCCUCGGGCGGUCCGACGCGGAUAAAGAUAAAAGCGUUUGCGACGCCCCGAAGGACAACGGUUUUAAUCCGGCGCUCUGUCCCGGGACAGGCGGCCCGAUGUCGAGCGUUCACGAGAAUCCGGCGCAGCUCGCCGCGCGGUGCAACGACUCGGACGUCACGGAGGAUCGUGACGGUAAUGCAAACGCCAAAAAUUCGACGGACAAAAGAGCGGCAGCGGCGGCGGAAGCGGAACGCAUCAGCGAUCAAACGGCGCCGGGUGAGCAGUCGCGCGAGCAGGACGCGAAAGAGCUGUCCCUCGUUUUCAAGCUGGGCAACGUGUCCCUCGCCAGUAACAGCCUGAAGCCGAAUUCCGCGGUGAGACAGCUCUUUCCCAACCCGAAGUUCAUCUCGCCGCCGCCGGUGCCGGCGAACAAAGCGGGCUCGGCCUGCCCGGAACACUCGUCGGACGAAGCGCACAAGUUUCUGAUUACCGCGGAGAGUUUGCGGCUGUUCGACGCGGUCAAAAAGUCGACGGUCCCCGGUGGCUCCUACGAGUCGCCGGAGUGCGAGUCCAGCUCGAUCAAGAGGUCCAUCGAGCGGAACACCCUGCGACGGAGCCUAAUCGGCAAGUACAACACGAUCACGCGCAAGAAGAAUCUGCGCCCGAAAAAUCUGUCGCUGGAGGAGCGGAUCAGGCAGCUCACGUGCGUCGAUCAGGACGACGAGAACCUGGACACGACCGACAGUUCGGACAACACGAAUUCCACGAGCGACGCCAAGUACGGCGGGGAUCUCUCGAUACGAACGUCGCCGCUGGGCGAGGAACGGCCUAUGUGCGAGUCGCUGCCGGCGAGCGUGGCCUCGACGGAAACCACUGCCAUUUUAACGAUGGUGUCGACGAGAUCGAACUCCUUGACGUCAGCGGCGACGGCGACGACGAUGACGACGACGACGACGGCGGCGGCGGCGGCGGCGGCGGCGACGGCGGCGGCGAACGCGAUAGCGAACACGCACGGACACAACGCGAUAGGGAUGCCGAUGCUGGUCACGGACAAUCCGCCGAAUCAGUCCACCUACAGGAAGAUCACAGACCUGUUCGCGCACAAGAAGAACGUCCAACCGAAUCUACCCGAUCUCGGGAUAGGCCCGGCUGGCAGAAAUCUCCUCGCCAAGGAGUGCCAGUCGAAAAAUUCGCUGACGAAGAUGAACUCGGAUGUGCGGAGGCAAUUGCUGGCGAGCCUGGCGCCGUUGUCCUGCGUCACUGUCAACAGCUCCGACGCUCAGGACGACUACUACCGAAACGACUCCAGAAUGUUGGCGUCCGCGAACCGUGAAUCGAUAAACUACAACUCGGACUCGUCGUACAGCUUAGAAGACAUAGAGGCGGCUUUGAACGGCGAGGACAGGAAGUACGCCGGUCAACCGGACGUAACGAGAUGCACGCCGAUAGGCAGCAGACCCGACAUCGGCGACAGCACCGCCGACGAGCUGCUCGCGUUCGUCGAGCAGGACAAGUCGAGGAUGGAGCGGAUAAAACGCCGCUACAACGAGCCGGAGGACCGUUACACGUUCAUUAACGGCUACCAUUCCGAGGACAAGGCCGUGAACACAUCGUCCGAGAACUAUGAUGGCAAGGUCGUUAAAAAUCACGACGGCAGGGACGCGCAGGCGGAUAACGAGGAGGAAGAGGACGACGACGAGCUCAACGAUUACGGGUUCAAUCGACGGCCGUCGGUGACGGGUAUCAAGCAACAGUACGAGGCUACCAACGAGGCCGCCGUCCAUCGGGCGCGGUCGUGUGCCGGCGCGGCUAACAAUGACGCGAGAUCCGGCACGAUGUGGCCAAUGUAUUGCGACGUGAACGGCGACAAGAUUGACGCAAAGUCCCUGCUGCCCGCCGACGGGGGGGACGAAGCGAUCCCCAUGGCCGCAGACGCGUACGCGAUGGGCAACUUCGAGCGGGACACGAAUACGAUCAAUCGCAUAAACACGAUGCAGAAGCAGAUCGACGACAUUUAUCAGACUAUCGCCGAGAGCACGGCGGCAACGGCGAACAUCCAGGGCAUCCCCGAGCACACGACUUAUCUGGAGAACGCGAUACCGCGGCAGUUCGUCAGAACGCCGUCCGGCGACGGCGCCGCGCACUUGUACGCCGAGCACAGGAACGGUCAUCAUUAUUUCCAGGAGCAACAGCAGCUGUCGAGCACGCGCAUGCUGCGCAUCGCGGGUGGCGGCGGUAGCGGUGGGACCAGCAGCAACGACGAUAUCGCGGGCGCGAUAUACACCAACACCCUGUCGAAGAUGCAACGCCGCAACCCGCCGGUGACGAUCGCCAACUAUCACUGCAACGUGAUGCCCGGCGGUGCCAUGCCCGGCGUCAGCAAGUGCUACCGCACCAUGUACUUCGUGCCGUACAGCGGCAUGUCGGACCCCACGUAUCAGAACAUACAGCGCAUCCUGCCGCCGCACUCCUCCCCGAACUACGCCAGUCACAUCGAGCGGUAUCCAUAUCCCCGUCUGAACAAGACCAAUCAGCAACAGGCGUUGUACUAUAACGCGAAUCGUUCCGCCACGUCGCACUCCAAUUUAAAUACAUCGCCGCCCAUCCCGCCGCCGCCUCCGCCGCCGCCGCCGCUCGUGUCCGUCUCGAGUCCAAAUUCCAUGCCGUUGCAAAGCGGCCAGCAGGCCCUGCAUCUGCACAUACAUCCCCAUCAGACCGAGGACUUCCGCUCGCCCAACAUCGCCUUCUCCCCUGUGCCUCACUCGGCGGUGCAUCCCAUGCAGUUUCAUCAUCAGCAUCAGCAUCAGCAUCAACACCAGCAUCAGCAUCAGCACCAGCAUCACCACGGCGAGAUGGCGUCGUACCGCGUGCCCAUGGCGACGCAGCAGUCGCCACCCUCGUACACGGUGAUCGCCCCCUCGAGGUGCAUCCCGGCGAGUAACCAGGACGGCUAUCCGCUGUACCCGGCGCACCUGGCACGCGGCGCCACUGCUACCGGCACCACCGCGGCCACCGCCGCCGCCACCGCCGCCGCCGCCGCCGCCGUCGCCGCGGACUCGUCCUCGUCGUCGUCCUCGGCGUCGGCGUCCGCACUGUCGUCCUCAUCCUCGACCACCUCGGCUGCCGCUUCCCUAAAAUGCACCGGAGUCAUGACAAACAGCAACAAGAGCUCCGAGCAGAUCCUGGGAACGUCCUACGGUGGCGGCAACGCGCAAUCCGGAGGCGUCACUUGUCCGGCGUCGUCAGCGACGACGGCGGCGCCCAUCGUCGGCUCCUCGGCGACAGUGAUGCAGUUGCCGCGCGUCAUCAACACGUGCGCGGUGACGGAACGCGGGGUCCCCGAGGGCGCCGCCAGCAUGCCCGCCCGGGACUUCCCGCAGCCGACCCUCGCCCCGGCGAGUUCGGCGCCGCACGUCCUGCUCAUGUCCAACUCUUACGUCGAUCCCAAUGCCAGUCUCAUGCCCGCCACGGCCAAUACCCCGAACACGGUGUACUACGCCAUGAACGUCUGAGACCCACGAGGGACACGUAGCUACGAGAAACGUCCGACAAACGCCUAGAGAAAUCUCGCGUGGAAACGUACAACUUGUCUCACGGAGUUGUUUGCGUUGCCCGGGAGGUAUACGAGUCUUUUCACUGCUAUGUCUCGAGUGAUUCUGACGCGAUUCGUAAGUGACGAGGCCGCGUGGUGGAAAGAUUCGCCGUCUUCUCCGUCUGUUAAUUGCACGUACGUGGCAGAAAUCGCCAAUGCCUCGUUGUCAUCUGCUAGGAUGACACUUCUCGAGCCCUACUUGAAUUCUAUCUUGAUCCGGUUUUCGUCUCUUCCUCGUUUUCCUAUCUUGCGUUACUUUUUAUCUAUUCACAGUCUCAACGUUGCAACUCUUUUCGACGGCUGAUUUUGGCCAAGAGAAUCAUAUCCAAAGAGCCUGUUGAUCGGUAGACGUACGAGAAAUGCACUUUUAAAGAGGUGACGACUGGGGAGCAAUGUCUCUCUUUGGAGAAACGGAAACAUACGCAUUGCGAACUUUUCAUUGAUAUAUAUAUAUAUAUAUAUACAUAUAUAUCAUAGCAAGAAUAGCGUACAAACGUAUAUGUGUACAUGUUGUGCUAGAUUACAGUUACAUUAAAUGCUCUUCGAUAUUAUUUUCGUUAGUUGACAACGUACGAGACCAUCCGCCACGCGAUGUCCGUGCGUUUCAUCGCGGAAUAACGAUAACAUUAGUACGAAAAUUAUAUCACUUUACACGCUCGUUAUUAUCACAAUAUUGUAAUACUGUACAAACUUUUUAUGGCACUGUAGAUACCGUCACUGUAGAUCUAUGAUUCUAGAUUUGUUCCUAUAUCUACAGCAUUGUAGAUAUCGCGACGAAGAUAUCGAUAGUGACUUUGUGUUAGAUAGUAUCAUUAAAUUUAUGAUCCGGCGGAGUUGUUAAUUGUUUUGAGUGACGAGACUUUGUAAAUCGCGGUCGUUCCGGUCACGUUAACG